AUGUCCUUGGCACCAAAGGUCGAUGAAAUUCGCACAGUUGUACUUAACCACUCGGUCGAUUUCGCAUGCUUUACCGAGACAUGGUUGACAGACUCAGUUCACAAUAAUGUUAUUAACAUUCCAGGCUUUAACGUUGUUCGUCGAGACCGAUGGUGGUGUUUGUUGCUGUGUCAACGACUCUAUUCCCUACGAGGUCCUAUCUCAGUAUCAUCAUGACAAUUUUGAGGUACUAUGGAUUAAAGCUCGGCCUUUUCGCCUCCCGAGAGGGUUCUCAUCCAUCAUCGGAAUAGUAUACCAUCCACCUAGUUCUAAUGCGCCAGCCAUGAACGAAUAUUUAUCUUGUCAACUUUCAGCUUUCGAGUCUAGCUUUCCUAAUACUGGCACGGUUCUUCUUGGUGACUUCAACAAGUUGAACGUUAGUGGGUUUUCUAGACAUUUUAGACUCAAACAGUUGGUCAAAUUCCCAACUCGCGGAAAUAAUACCUUGGACUUGAUACUAACUGAUUUAAAAGAAUAUUAUUCAACACCUGAGAAAUUGUCGUCAUUUGGUCUCUCUGAUCACCUGACCAUAGAGAGGUUAAGAUACCCCGGUUUCUGUGUACGGGUACGAGUAGCAUGAUUUUGUUUAGCAAUAUUUUCGUCGAUGUCUGUGCCUUUACUCGUAAUUAAGGUGCACAUUUUUUCUCAUUAUAUCAUUGUCUAUUGCAAGAAAACAGAAAAAGUAUGAUCGAAUUAAAGACAUCAGUAAAACAAGAUGACACUACUCGUACCCGUACACCUAAACCGGGGUAUCUUAACCUCUCUUAUGUUUCCACCAAAGCGCUGGUUUUGAUUUUUUCAGAUACUUCACUUUCGAGUGGAAAAUGUAGCACGACAUUUCUUCCUUUCGCGAUUAACUCGAUUACGAAGAACUUUGAAACGGACUGUGUCGCCGUUAGUGAGCGCUUCCUGGCGUUGUGUAAUGAGAGGUUUAAAACUGGAUGUUAUCCAAGCUGGCUCGUUAGAACAAGAUUUCAUACUUUUCAAAGGAAGCAAAAUGUCCAUACCGGUACGAAUAAUAGUUUCGAAGGUAAUAAGUUUGUCUGCACAGCUUUGGCUUUGAUUGAGAAUUGACCAGUCGAUUUCGUUAAUAAAGGUACUGAAAGCUGUUCUAUUGCUUGGCCGCAGGUCUCUAAUUUUGCGUAUAAUUCUCGUUUCUUGAGAAGUACGUCUUGUUUUCGGUUUAAGCAAGGUGUAAAAUCUUUGUGCGGAAUGGACCCUACAUCACCAUCUAAUGAUCUACGCCUGUUGAUGUCGAAUGACAAUGAGAGCACAGGUUUUUCUCAUGAGCAGCUAAAAGAAUUGGCCGAACGCAUUAAUCAAGCCUUUUUAUCACCCAUGGCCUCUUUCACAACUUUACCCUCUCCAUAA